AUGCAAAUUCCGUUCUGUUUUGCCUUUUUUGUUUUCUUUUGGAGUCCAGUAUCUUCAGCGUUUAGUGAUGUAACUGAAAGUGUUGGGAUUUCAGUGGUAAAAGGGUACGUGGCGGCCUUUGGUGAUUUCAACGGCGACAAGGAGACAGAUCUCUUUGUAGUGACCAAUGGAGGUAAUAUGCAUAGCUGUUUUGCAGUUAUUUUUAAACUUGUUUUGAUUUUAAAUUCUUUUGAUUUUGGGUACUCUGAUUUAUUAUGAUGCUUAUGAGAUGAAAAACGAGCAAACAAACUAAUGUAAAACACAAUGUGGGUGUACCUGUAUGCAAAUAAUUAAACUUGCAUUUAAACUGCAUACAUGUAAUACUAAUGCAUGCAUGUGCUUAUAUCAAGCUGUAUAGCCAAAUGUUGUACUGUACACUUUGGCAGACUACACUGUACAUACCGUAAAUCCGCUAUUAAGCCCUCCUGGGGGUUUAUUUAUUUCAAACACAUUUGGGAGGGGGUGGGGGGCUUGUUAGAGAUAGGGGGCUUAUUUACUGUAUUUAUUUAUUUAUUAAACGCCCCGGUGUUUAUUAAUUUUCAGCGUUUCCGAUGCAGCGUUUAUGUAAGGGUGGCAUUUAUCCGAGGGCAGCGUUUGUUUUGAAAUCACUUUUCUUAAAUCAUUGACAACAGUUUCUGUAAAUCAUUUUUAACUCGUGGGUACGUGGGAGCGUACCACGAGUUAUUGCAGGGACAUGGAUAUGCAAAUGAGUCACUCGCUCACUCGUAGUAGACGCACUUCGUAAUUAAUCGGGUCCGAACUCGAGAGCGCAAAGAUCUAUCGUUUCCAACGAAGCACGCGCUCGCCAAAGUUCGGUAGGAUCAAAUUCCUUGCUGAGAGCGUGCAUCGUGCGCUACAGCACGGUUAGAGGAUAGAGGUCUUACCAAAUUUAAGACACGCAGGAAUCUUUCAGGUUAGUACGAUUCAAGAGCCUUUGACUCGUCCAGGUGUUUAACUUGACGAGAGAAUGAGCAUUUGCUCUUCGACUUCUUCAACUUCGACGCUUGCUUGAUCUCCUGCCUUGUCAUAAUAAUAGGUUAUGUGUAUGAAUAAAUGUAUGGUAAAUAAAGGCACUUCUUCUUCUUCUUCUUCUUCUUCUUCUUCUUCUUCUUCUUCUUCUUCUUCUUCUUCUUCUUCUUCUUCUUCUUCUUCUUCUUCUUCUCAAGGACUGCCCAAGAUCACAGGAGAAAAUGGAUGUGAUUUAAAAUAACAGCGGAAAUCGGGAUAACAAAACAUAGGCUUAUGUUUUGCGUCCUACUUCGCAGAGGAGUUGUAUCUGCUUUGUAUCGUAUAUAUUCUUUCAUUGCCAUGAAAUGCAUUUACAUUGUUUUUGACUGUCAAAAACCCGGUUUCAAUUAGCCUGUAUUUCAUCCGAUUACUUCGAGUCGUUUUUUCAAUCGGUUAAAUAUGGCUCGAUCGUUUACCGGCGGAAGUCAUGCAUGGAGAAGGCAUUAAAUUUGAGACUUUUCGAUGGAUGAUGUAACCUUCCUCGAUGGUGUAGUUGUUAAUGUGAAGUCCUGUUAACCUGGAGGAACCGAGCUCGUAUCCUGCUACAGACUUUCUACUUCCCUCUCCCUUUUUUUUCUUUUUUGUUUUGUUUUGUUUGCUUAUUUAUUUUGCUGUUUCUUUUUUAAUAUAUACCUAAACAAGUGUUGAUAAAGUGUAAUAAACAGCAAGAAAAGUAUUAUGUUUCCAGAACAAGGAUAGCAUAUUUAUAAUCUGAAUUUCUAUCAUUUCCCACAAUUUACUGUGGGAAAACCAGAGUUUAUAACUAUUUGAUUAUUUUGUAAACAACGUACCCACGAGUUGACGAUAGUCUUUCUUUGAUUUUCAAAUAAUGUUAUGUACUUUAAAGGUUCGUAAUUGUCUGGAUGGUGUAGAUUGUCAAGUUGUACCAAUUUUUUUCUCAUUAUCGUUAAAUAGACGCUGCAUUCUUUUAAUUAGGUGCGGUGUUUAUUCAAGGGCGACUUGUAUUCGAAGACGACGUUAAAUUGAAUAAACAUUAAUUAGUAAUUUAGCAAAGAUGAUUGUUUCAGUUAUCCAUAAGAAGAAAGAAAAAACUUUCCACCAAGAAUCGAAAAAGGUGCUCACCUGGCUGCAGUUUGAUGAGGCUAAACAAAGUUUUGCAAUGUUUAUGGUGAAUUUCCCACCCUCACGUAACGUAAUUAAAAGAACAAUUGUAAAUGAGCGUUAAAUAUUUUAUACAGUAUGUGGUCCUUGGUCCGUGAAAGUCCGCGAUGCCGUUGGUCCGCGACUUUUGCCAAAAUGAUAAAAUAUUUCGUCAAGAAAAAAAAUACGUUGAAUAAUGAAAGAUAUCAUGAUUUUCUGAUUAGCAUUCUUUCAUUUGACAAAGUUUUGGCUUUCUUGCUGUGGGUGAAGGCAUGAAAUUAAAGUUUGUUGACAGCUAGGUUAAUUUGUCUUUCUUGAAGUUUUGACUUUUGCGGCACCAUAAAUUUUGAUGUUUUUUCGAUGUAACUUAAACCAAUCCAUCCAUACAUUAGUUUGCCCCAUUUAUUAGCACUACUUUAUAUUAGUUAAAAUAUUUUUAUUUCAAGAAAAGAUUCUUGGAUAAUAAACUUUAUAAGUUGGUUAGUAAAAUCUUUGUUAGUAAAAUCUAGUUAUCUGAAAAAUUAAUUUUGAGCCCUGGAUUGAUUGAUACAGUGACAGUAUCAUUUAUCAGUGAAGAAUAAUAAGGGGGAGGGGAGGGGGGGCUUAAAAGAGAGGGUGGGUUUAUUACCUUUCUUCCUCUGGAAAGGAGGGGCUUAGUAGAGAGAGGAGGCUUAUUUGAGAGGGUGGGGCAGCGGGGCUUAAUAGAGGAUUUACAGUACUCAAACUAUUCCAACUCACUGGGCUGGUACUUUGGGUCUCUUGAUCUAGAAUGGCGUAUCCAGCAUAAUUCUGUCUCAGAGAUGUAUAAUUAUAGGUCAGCAGUAGGAAAAAAAGGGAAAAAAAGCCACAAAAAAGGGGGAAAACAUCACAAAGCCAGGAAUACGUUAUAGAUACCAGGGUCACUCACAUGACAGGGAGACAGCUCAUUACAAUGUGUGGUUCCAGAAAAUAUCCAUACCCCACCACUUAGGGGAUUUCACUCCACCUCCCUGGAUUUUCCAUAAAUGUAAGGAACUGAUACCCCCCCCCCUCCCCCCACACCCCUCCAGAAUUUCCACAAAGUAAGACAAAGACUCUCCAACCCAUCUGGAAAAGUUUAUUUUCAUGAAAAAAGAUUAUCAAAGUAAACAACAAUGCCCAUUUGCAGUUACACAAUGGUUAUCAUUUAAUUUUAUUGAGCGGUCUUGAAUAAGAACAUAGUAAACUACCUAAAAAGCAACCUAAACUACAAAAUAUUGUAGCCGUCUCCAUGGCCGUGAUGUUGAUGGAAUUAACACCAUUUCAGCGUGAAUAUUCUCUCCAACACGUCAAACUUUCAGCCACAAAAUUAAGGGAAGACGGAAAGAAGAUUAUUAAACUCUAGAUUCUGAAAUCUUUACAUUGUAUACCUUCUGUUUCUUGAAGUGAAACUUUCACUGUUGUACAGUUCGAUCGACUGAUGCGAUGCAGAGUAUUACGCAGAGAUCGAAGAAAAGUAUCUAGUCACCAGUGCUUUUUGUAAAGGAACAAUGAGACUAUGGAGAGUGCUAACAAGUAAUGGCGCUCAAUAUUGUGCACUUUUUGUCAGCCUAAUAUGGGCUGGAAGAAAGAAGACCUGGUUUAGAUGAAAAAAAAAAAAGUCUUCAAAAAUGAUAUACCAGAUCAGUAUGUAGCAAUUUCUCGUACUGAGUUCGAAAUUCUCCCCUUGGAAAGCGAGUUUUAUCAUCCAACCCCCGUCCCCUUGGAAUUUCCUGGGCCCCUGACCCCCCCCCCCCCCCCACCCCCCCCCCCCACCCCCCGCCUCCCAACACGCUCCACCCCCCCCACGACCUUCUUCUACUCCUUUAUAUCCAACUACCAUAACACCACAUCCNAAUUUAAAUUCGAGGUUUCUUUUUAAGAGUAAUUUAAAAGAGUUUUUUCAAUAGUAUUCCAUAAUUCACAACUCUUUUCAGUCUUAUAAGUCAAUAAUUUUUACAGAUUUUGAUUUUUGAAUCUUAGAUUUCUUAGUGUUAUUUUAUUCAUUUUCCUUUUUCAAUUUUCUUCUUUAUUUUUUUAUCUAUUUAUGAGAUAAUUACAGGACGCUUUUGAUAACAGUUCUUUUCAUUAGAACUGAUAGGUUAUCCUGUAUAAAUAUUUGCAUUAUUAUUAUUAUUAUUAUUAAUAUUUUCUGGAACCACACAAUGCCACAGAAUCCUACACGCUUGAGUGAGAUUGAAAGUAUUCAUUUGCCCCUGGAAAUAUUGGCAGCAAAUUCUGUUUAAAGCUAGUUGAGCUGUUUGACCUUUUUUGAUUGCUCAAAUCACUAUUUACAAGUCAAGAACAAGGCUGACUUUUGUUAAUGACAUCAAAUUACAACUUCUGAAGUUUAGGCAAUUGGUGUGUAGUAAGUAAUAACAAAUAUAAAACUUAUAUUGCGCAUAUACAAAUAGAAAUAUUUUCAUAUGCGCAAUUUUUUCAAAUGUGGUACUUUAUCAUGGACCACUCAAGGUUACAACCUUCUGAAAGAUAAUGGGUGUGCUCUUGGUGGAGCUAAUUUAAUUUGUAUAUUGGUGCGUCUUAGGGUACAAAACUUAAACUAUCGUAACCCUUGUUGGGGGUUGUCAUCUUUAAGACCACCAAACCAAAACAUUUAUGAUAAACGUAACUACAUCCCUGCAUACCUGACAUUAUUUUGUUAUUAUUUUUUUGAUUGGAAAGCUGCCAAAAUGUUCCAUUAAUAAUCUUUGUUGUGGGACCAAAAAAAAAUGGCUAACAACCCUGAAUUCCAUCUUGUCCUUUGAGCAAGCAGCUUUUACAUUUUGCUUGCCUGGGGCCACUUCUUACUUGUCUUAGUUAAUGAUUCUUUUCAUGAAUGAUUUGCCUAGACCCUUCCCCACUGAAGAGGAAACUUUAAAAGUUACUUGACGGGCUGUUUUUGGAGCCCUGCCUUCCCCUUGAAAAAAUGUGCUACUCCUUUUCAAGCUGUUAGUAGAAAACAAACAACUUGUACCUUUUAAUAUUAUUAUAAAGACUAUAAAGCACCUCAACAAUUUUUCAGUGGCCAAUUCCUUCAUUUAACUACAGGCUUUUACUGAGUGCCUGAUAGUGUGGUUGGAAAUUUAACUGAGAAUUUGCUCCUCUGGUGGCCAAGUUAUCCACUAAAAAUUAAAAAGAAAUGGUUCAGAUUGUACUACACAUUUUCACCGAAACAAAACUGUUGUUGUGUUGGUAUUGAAAAAGCAGGCUUUAGGGCCUUAUUUCCAUGCAUGAGGAGACAAACUUCCCUUAAGCGUUUUCUUUUCCUUUUCCUCACAAAGGAUUGUCAGCCCUAGAAAAAUAGCUUUGUUGAAUUUUCAUUGCUGAAUACUUUAUAUUUUUGUGGCUGAUUUGUAGUUCACAAUUUUACUUUAACAACAUUUGCAUAUUAUAUUGCUGCAGGUACUGUAUCACGAUCAACCACCAAAUGUUUUUUUUCUUUCCAUCUCUUUCAGGGAAACAGCUUGAAAUUUUGUUCUGGGAUAAUUCUGAUCAAAAGUUCAAGAAAGGAAAUGCAGAAGUUUUGCUGAGGUAUCAAAUUGCUCAUUGUUUUUUGAAGAGGAACUCUCAUUUUAAGUACUUAUGUGUAAGGAACAAAAUAAUUAUGUAGUUUUUAUUAAUAAUAUUAUGAGACUGCUGCAAAGGUUCUGUGAUUGGAUGCAAUGUGAGAUCAAUACAGUCCAAAAAAUGAACCAUUUUGCAAACAGAAACCCAAAGCCCUGAUAAGACAAUUGUCCAAACUUCUGCCAAAACUAUAUAAAUUUGUUAAUGUUUCUUUUUAUUACUUUUUAGUGAGCAGAUUGUAAAUGUCAGCCCUACAGAUUUUGAUGGCGAUGGAUGCCUUGAUGUUUUAAUUACAACUCAGUUACAAAAUACUGGCUCCCAGGAGACAGCCACAGUCUUUGUUUAUUGGGGAAACCUACAGAAGUUAGGUUUGUUUAAUUGCAUGAUGAGAUUUGGUCGUUUGACUUGUUGGGUUAUUGUUGCAUGACUGUAUUACAUAAGAGUGACAAAUCAUACAUGCAAAUGACUUUUACUGAAAGUGCUAUAAGAAGCCUUAUCAGUACUUUUUGAAAUGUUUCUGAAACCUUUUCAGACACUUUUUAUGGAUUUUUAGACUAAAACAAACAAAGUCGAAAGUGGAAGGAUUCCUUGUUUUUUGCAGCAGUUAUUGUUCCUAUUGACUGGAACAUUGACUGCAGCAAAAAGACAAGGAAAAUAAAUGAAACUUUGUGUAGUAGGAGCAGAAAACUCUAUUGAAGGGCUGCUGUAGAACUGGCCAGCUCCUGACGAGGCCAAGCAUGGGGGAACAACAUGCCACACUCUAUUGCUACUGUUUUUAGGCAAUAAAAUCAUAUCAACCAUAAAAAUGUGUCAUCAUUUGAAAAGGGUACAAUGUGUUCAAUUAGCACAUGAUUGUGACAAGGAAAAUAGACACUGCACAGAGAAACAGUGUCUGUUAAGUGAGGUUGAUAGUAUGAGGGUUUUUGUGACUUAAGUCACAGAAAAGUGUCCGUUGUCCCUAUUAACCAAUGUCCAUUUUAAGCAGGUUAAUUUAGAGAAAAAAAACUGGCCUUGGUUCCUGAAAGACUGAUUAGCGCUUAUCCAGGAUUAAAAAUUUUGUUCCAUUGUUUUUUUACCUUCCUUUGCAUUGCUUAGAGUAACAUUCCACAGUAUGUUAUCAUCACUGAAUCUCAUAGUAAAGACUCGACCAUAUUUUCUGAGCUCAAGUGAUAUAUACUUAGACAAGAAAACCUUUCUUAAAAUUUGGCUUAACCCUAGUGGGUUUAAACUUAACCAUCUUUCAAGGAACCGGGUGCUGGGCUUUUUGUCGGCCCGAAAAUGAUAACCAAACUGUCUAUGAUAAAUGGGUGUCCAUAAUUAUUUAGUGGGUGUUCGUAGAGCAGGGUUCCACUGUAUUGCUAAUCAGUUGUUCAUUAAUAAUACAACGAAAACACUAAUUUCUGUGCUGGGUAUUGUAUUCUUAUAGGUGAUAGCGUCAACUUUACUAUGAGGGACCAACCCUUAGUCAUGGAGUAAGUAAGCAAAUGUAUGAGGAGUAAAUAGUAACUCAGAGCUUUAUGUGACUAAGGGUGCUUACCAUUGGUCAGAACUGACAGGCAAGACCAGUCCAGUUGUAAGGAGCAUUUCACUGUAUAUCAGUAUCAAUCCAUUAAGAAAAAUGGUGUGCAUGGCAGUGAUGGGGUUUUAGUGAAGACUCUCGAAAAAAAAGGGACAUUUCAUUUGCAAAAAUAACCUGUAAUAAAUAACAUAGCAAAUACAAAAGAAGGCACUGAUGGAAAACCUUUAAGAAGACUGUUAUGGAUUGCAAUUGUGGAUUAAUUGAAAACUUGUUCAUUUGUAACAUUCGAUAUAAUGGAGAUGUACUUGUUUUAUGUGACACUAAGCUGUAAUUGUGUCAUUUAAUUUACAAGUACUUGUAAUUUCUUUGUUAACAGGCAUGACACAGACCCUUUAAUUGGGAACAAAAUAACCUCCUGCACAUAUUUUUUUUUUUUGCCACAAAUCACUAAAUUUACUGCCCUGUAUUAUCCGCCUGCUCUAACUUGUCAUAAUUAUGGUAGAAUAUCACCACAGAAAUUAAGUUUUCUAACCUUUGUUUUAAUGUCAUUAACUUUCAGUGCUAAUGGGGAUCUUUUGCCUGAUCUUCUUGGUGAAUCAGUUGAUGGAAAUGUCCGGUCUUAUUGGAUUUCUAAAGGGUAAGGGAAACAAGCUUUUAGGAGUGAUACAGUCGGCUCUGUCCUUGCGACCACUCUGUCUCAUAAGAGUUUAGCUCUAGUUAUGACCAGUGUUAUGAAAAACUGUUUCAACUGUGAAUUGAACUUUGUAAUGAAGAUCUUUGAGUCUGCCUUUUAUCUGCUGAAAUGAUUCUCUCAUGACAAAACUCUUGCUCAAAAAAUCUGUGGACGAUUUUGUGCUAUGUAUUAUGUCUUUUAAUACUCUUGUUAGUAACAGUGUGUAUUAAGAUGAAAAGUAAGUCAGAAAAACGGCUUUUAUGUAAGGGUAAAAAACAUGAAAUUCAGAAGGUAUUGACUCCUCAAAGUAGUAUAAAAAUAAUGAGAUUGCCUAGAAAAGUGGUGCCCUCCCUACUUCAAAGGUAGCUUACAUGUACAGUUGACUCCCGAUAAUUUGAACCUUCAAGGGAAAUAGGAAAAAGUUCAAGUUGUCGGGAGUUCGAGCUACCGAGGGUAAAAUUAUAUAGAAAACGAUCUAAAGGGAAAUGUAAAUUGCUUCGAGUUAGCAGGAGGUUUGAGUUAUAGAGGGUUCGAGUUACCGGGAUUCGACUGUACCUGAUCACUUUUUUUUUUUACAAAUUUAUGUCUUUUAUUUCCAAAGAAGAGCUCAGUUGCACUACUUUUAGCCUGCAUAGCUGGCAGGAUUGUUAUGCGUGGGUACUUUCUUGGAGGUAGAGCUGCGAGAGAGAAUCAAUAUUAUUUUGAUUUGCUCCCAAUCUCUUGGGGCUCCGCCCCUGAAAAACAACAGCACUCACCUACUGACCCUGCCAGCUAUGCAGGCUACACUUUGUAUAAAACAUUUUUUGCUUCCUGAAAGUAUAAGCUCCAUGAAAGUAACGAUCCCUUGAAAAUAGGGAGCCCAGAAACAAACAACAAAAUAAUGUAAGAAAACACUGAACUUGACUUGCUUACUUUCAAUAUAACCAUGUUAUUGUAUUUUGUCAGAACAAUUUGUAUUUCCUGGAGCCCUUUUACAAAUAUCAUUUUAUUUUUUUAUUAUUUUAACUGACUUUUAGGUCAAAUAGAAGCUUUGAUGUACAACCACAGAGUAAUUCUAGUGGCAAGUUGAAUCCAAUAAGAGUGCCACACUCAAAUGCUUUCUUGGAUCUGACGGGAGAUUAUACGGCAGGUUUGUUUAGUUUUAAUGAUGUUCAUAAGGGUCCCUUUCCCUACAGUUUACUGUAUUCAGGGCAAAGAUUUUUAAGAUGAGGAGUUUCAUUCUACCGGGAUUAAAUUUUGGGGUUUAACUCUGUGUAUUUGGCUUGUGUGUACAUGUAGGUGGAGAUUAGGAGUUGCUUUCUCCUAAGGUCGAACGAAAAUUAAUAGUAAAGUAAAUUACCCCCCCCCCCCGGAAUUUUUGGCGGUUUGCGUUUUGCUAUUCCCUGUUAACCCGUGCAUAUUAGGUUGGUGGGUUCGCAAUUUAAUUUUGGGUGUUGCUGUGUGGUAGUUUGUGGUUGUGGUCAAUGGUGGUGGAGGUGGAAAUGUGCUUGCUCGUAGGGAAAAAUAAAAAUAAAGGGAAAAAAUAAUUCCCCCCCCCCCCCCCGGGAAUUUUUGGUGGUUUGCGUUUUGCUCUGGCCUGUUAAAUCGUGCUCAUUCGGGUAUGUGGUUCGAAAAAUAUUUAGAAGUUAGGCGUUUAAGGCUAUGUUGACACUAUAUCGGUUGGCUUUUGCACUGGCACAAUAACCAUACCGGAUAGGGCUUCUGUUCACACUGAUACAAACGGUGAUGUCGAUUUUCUGCGCAAAACCCGUUUCCGGACUUCAGUCGCUUGCAGUCUAUGAGCCUGUUAGCAAGUCUAUAAACCUGUUGGUACCAAAAGAUAUCCGGUAUACAUAUAAUAGUUUCAGGCCUUCUCGGCCGGUUUUCGGUGAAUGGAACUGAUUUGUGUAAAUUUGUAAACUCGAUCUUUCUUGCAGAUCUUUAUGUUUCCAAUCAGCAGAAUAAGGGUGAAAUCUGGGUUAAUGAGGUAAGUAUAUUUUAAUAGUUCAAUUGCCUUUUUUUGUUAUAAAGAAUAGAUUCCAAGUUUAAGGGUAAUGGUAAGGUUGAGGGUCAGGAAACUUUAUUUAUUAAAACAGGGUAAUUCCUUCAGGUAAAUUCAGUGCGGGGUUGUGGAAUAGCGUGUUAAAUCAAAUGUCCAGGGGAAAACUAGAAGAAUAGCCGCUUAAAUCAACACGGAAGCUUACUGAAAUGCUCAGUGAUAUCUGUGAUCCCUGUGCAGCACUAUUUCAUUGGUAUUAAAACCUUUUUCCAUUUCUUGCAGGUCAUUAGAAUACAUUGUUCACUUUUCAUAUUAUUAAACUCAUCGGUCCUUAAUUGUAUUCUUUCAUUUACAGGCGGGUAUCCUUACUUUUGGACAAACGAUUUCCCUUCCUCCUAUAACAAACAAAGAAAUUAAGAUUUUUGGGCAGUCAACUUUUGCUGACAUUGGUAAGUUUUACUCUCUUCCCAGGGCUUGAAGUAAUUUUCCCAGUUAGUGCUCGUCAAAUAAUUGUCCGGUGAAACCAGGGCUAGAAAUAAUUUCGGGCAAGUCUACGGACACGAUGACCAGCCAAAUUCAUCUUACCUGGGUGAAAGGUAUUUAAAAAAAAAAACGAAGAAAUGAGUUCCUAAGAAGAGUGCAAAAUAAUUCUUAUGGAUGAAACUGACAUAAAACUACUUAUUUUCGUGCAGAUAUAAUGAACUGUAAUAAACCACAGGUAAAUUGAAAACUCGGUCACGUGGUAUAACUUAAGUGCCCUAGACUUGAGCGCUUACUAUUUUUUUACGAAAGUUUCAGCGAAAAAUGUUCGUCAAAUGGUACUGGUAUCUACUUUCGAACCGAAAACAGGAAUGGGAUUAAGUUGUACCAUUUACAAGAUACUUCUGAAUUUUUCGCUUUCCCUCGAGAGGAAGCCUAGCACUGGUAAUCCAAACAAAUGGUUCGUCAAAUUUUGGUUGUUUCGAUAAAAGCUUGAAAAAGGUAAUACCUCUGCUCAGAAGGUAUAACCUCUUUUCCGGAAACACUCCAGUCCACCGGUGUGAACCGUGCCAUUUGAUUUGGCCUUGGAAUUACCACAUUUUCCCUCUAAAAGUGGGAAGCUCUCCUUGGUUUUACGUUUUCUUUUUGUAAUUGCAAUUUUCAGAUGGAGAUGGACGUCUUGAUAUGUUUUUACCAGUCUGUACAAGUGACGAUUGCUCGGAAAGUUCUGUAUAUGUAUACUCCAGUGGCCGGGUAGGUAGUUAGGCUCUUGAUCCUGAUAAGGAGAUCACAAAAACGUUGUCCAAUGACUAUUGGCUUCAUGGCCUACUUGAAACCCCGAACUUUUCAUGUACUGAACUUAAAAUCUAUUUGAGUAGACGCAAAUGGUGAAGUUCGACGGUUGAUUAACACGUCAAACUUAAUUGGAAUCACGGUGUACACGUUAAUGGUGAAUUGAAUUUAGCCUAAGGCCCGGUUUAAACGUCGCAUUUCGCGUGUGCCGAACGGAAUGCUUAUGAAUGCUUUUGUUUUCGCUCAUUUACAGUACAUUCAGCACAUGUAAAAUGCAACUUUUAAACAGGGCAGUAAGAGUCUUCAUUUUACUUUCUCGGUUGGAUAUUAAAUUCUACUCAGCAUUUUGACUAAUAAUAGUCAAGCCAUGGUACAUGUUACUUCACAAUAGUUUUUUCUGUCCUGUGCAAUGUUGGCUACACAUAAAUGCGAUCUUAAGGGUUAUGUAAUGUCAUCAUUAAUAUUUUGAGGUCAGUUAUAUGUUUUGCUCUGACUCGUCCAUUGGUUUCUCUGUCCCUGGAACCUCGAUUUAACGAACCUCUUUAUAACGAAGUCCUCGAUAUAACGAACGAUUUUCUUUACCCCAGUAAUUGUAAAAUAUAUGAAAAAUAACCUCGAUAUAGCAAAACCUCGUUAUAGCGAACAAAUUUUGCUAGGUCCUUGGCCCUUCGUUAUAUUGUGGUUCCUCUUUUUAAAAUGAAUUUGCGUUCUUUCAGGCUUUAUCGCAAUUAUUCCUACCCACUUACUUUGUCAAAUGUAGGCGAACUCUGAAUUCCUAGGGACCAUAUCCAAGUUCAGAAAGAGAAAAAGCAUUUCGUCGUUGCUUGUUUACGUUCUCCAUAAAACGCGAAAUUAGGCAUUUUCAUGUCGUAGUCGUGCUAAAACGGGAAAACAAAUGUAGGAAAAAAGUGUGAUGCUCGUGCAAAGUUGUUGUUUUGCUUUUGAAAUCUAUUGUUUUUUUGACGUUCUCGUUGCGGUGGCGUCAUUGGAUCUUAAAGUCCCUGUUAAUAUUAACAAGGUCAAGGGGAGCGCUGGGAGUGAUAAGAAAGAGGAAUUUUCUUCCUUCCCGUCGCUCCUCGCGCUCCCUUUGGUCACGCUUCUCGCGUUCCGUCCUCCGCGAGACGACUGGGAACGAGUUAGUGUUUUGCUUGCAGUGGUGGAAAAUGAUGUCCAAUGAAAGGCGACCUAACACUUGGCAGUUCAUCCCGCCAGCAAACCAGACUUCCUCCAUGUUCCCUCUGAUGACCAUAAGGACAGGUAACUUGCCGCUCUACAGUAUUAAAAGUAGAGUUAACAAAUUCAUCGCUAGGUGGGGGCUGGGUGAGUGGAGAGGGCUAAAAAAACACUUGAAUUCUAGCUUGUUCUUAAGGCAAGCCGCUCUUUUUCACAUUCUGCUUUCUUCUUACUCGUCACAGUUAAUGAUUUUGUUAUUGAGCUGCCCGUGAGGGCAAGGCCCAAUCAAGAAAUGCCUUCCGUCUAUGUCGAAAAAAGACAAAAUGGCGAACGGAACUCCCAGAAGGCUUUGCAUGUUAUAUUUCCCCUUCAAUGGGGUCGAUUUUUGCGGGGACGGCUCGGGUCAUUUCAGGCACCCUUCACACCGAAGAAUAUCAGUAGGGAGACAGAAAAAACAGGGAGUGGAAAAAAUUGGCUGCAAAAAUACGAACCUUUUGGCGCGAAAGGCUGCACGAAGGAAACUCUAAACGGCACCGAAUCACUGGCUAUUUCAACGCCAGAUCUAGUCUAGUCACCUAAGGACGCUACUCUUUAUGCAGCCGUCCUUUGGCUUAUCUUGACGCGUGGAAUGGGCUUGAGGGUAGGUGUUUGUUAAUUAACUUAUACAAUAAUUUUACUUUAUACAUUCUUAAGGUGACUACGACANAGCAUUAAUAUUGAUAUACACUAUGUGAUUGUUAUUCUUAUUUUACAUAUUGUGGCACUUCGUCCUUCACCGAUGGGCGGGCUUUGCGUUGGUUGUGUGGUGUGGGGUCUGGUGGGGUGGGUGUGUGGAGGUGGGGGGGGGGGGGGGGGCGGGGGUAGCAGCGUGUACAAAAUUUGGUGACUUUGAGGACCUCUAUGUUUGUUAGUUUUCAAUAAGUCAUGUUCAAAAUUAGCAUCUUAGCUAAUUCUAUGGCGUUACUUUCCAGUCGGUUUAAUGGAUUUUCUCUAAUUGGUCCCAGUCAAAAGAAGAAAAACCGUGAAAGGGUCUAUUGAACGGAAGAUCAAACUUUGGAUCGCAGAAUACGGCCUAAGCUUAAAUUGGUUAAAAGGAACACUGUGACCAAGGGUUACAUGGAAACAGUUGGUGAUGUUAUGGAAUGUUCUUUUUUAGGGGCCAAAGUUACCGAAAAGUUGCAGUAUUGCUGGAAAAUGUUGCAUGUUCAAGCGCUGAGCAUGAUUACUGCCUGAAAGAUAAACGAGCCUUUGAAGUGCACUGGAAGGUAAUAUAUCUGUUAUGGUUGCUGGACCUUAAGAUCCGAGGACGGCGGCGGCGAAAACGUCGAUUAAAAAAUGAAUUCGCGUUCAUACAAUCUGUACUACGACCAUUACGAUUAUUUUAACUCACUUACAUUAUCAAAUGUAGGCGAACUCUCCGGGAGUUGAAUUAUUAGGAACAAUAUCGAAGUUCAGAAAGAGAAAGAAAAUUUCGUAUUUGCUUGUUUACGAACUCCAUAAAACGUGAAGUUAGGCAUUUUCACGUCGUAGUCGUGCAGUGACGGAAAAGCAAUGUAGUAACAGUACAGAAAAGUAUGUUGCCCGCGCAGAGUGUUGUUUUGCUUAUUAAAGGUGAUGAUACACGAGACGUUUCGCAACGACGAUUUUUAGGGCAACACAGCAUUGCAACAUUGUUUCGAACAGUUACAACAUUGCUCCAACAUUGCAACGCCGUGUUGAGCAAAAAAUCGUCUUUGCGAAUCGUCCCGUGUAAUAUCACCUUAAGACUACGAUCACACGGCACUAGACGGAUUUUCGACCGGCUUAAAGAAUUUGACCGGACACUUGGUUCACACGGAACCGUUCAUUAUUUUUGCUCUGUUCACACGGAACUUUGAACGUCUAAGCGUCUAAAUGUUCGUACGGUUAAGGUGGGUCCGUGUGAACGGAACACCUUAACGCGCGAAUUUUCAACCGGUCGAGGAUUCGUCCGAUGCUAUGUAAACGUAGCCUAAACCUAUUGCGUUUUUAUCGUUCUCGUUGCCGUCGCCAGAUCUUAAGGACCCUGGUAUUAGGCGUAACACGGCAGUGCUAGUGCAGCCUUUUUUCCAGAUGAAAACCUUUGAAUGCAGAGGUCCACUCAACGCUUACUGAAUAAAACCGACUGGUUCUUUCUUGCCGGAUCUCUAAUGUAGAGAUGCCAAUGCCAGAGCGAUGUGGCCCGGCGCACAGGAGGUCCUGGGUUCGAUUCCUGGCGGAAGAGCCCCUUUUCCUUAUUUUUUAUGUUCCCACGUGGUGUAGUGGUAGCGAUGUGACCCGGCGCCUAGUAGGGCCUGGGUUCGAUUCCAGGCGGAAGAGCCCUUCUGUCUUUUUUGGGGGUCCUAAAAAAGGCUAAUUUUUUUAGCCGAAAUAUUGGCCUCAUUUAAACAGCCCUUUGCCGCAUUGCUAGCCUUGCAUUCAUUCUUGCUCUAUUUCCCCAAAUGUUUACCAAUGUGUACGCGUACUCUUAAGGCCGGUAUUUCACGCUAUCAUUUGUCGGUCUGAUUUCGGACCGAUCUGCCAAGAAACCAUGGCAGAACAAAAAAAUUAACUGCCCGAUUUAAGCCGAUUUUGGUCUUGGUGUCUUCCUUUAGGUAGAGCGAUCAGUUCGGUAGAUUAUGGCGUGUGUACGUCAGGCCGACAGAUAGUUUUAUACCAUCACUGUAUUUUGUCACCCCAAGCAUUGAGUCAGUGCCUUUGGAGAGAGAGACGACCCUCUUUUCUUUUUUCUCUUUAUUCUUUAGGAUUUAUCGAAUUUAGAGGAUGCUGUAUUAGCCACGUUUUAUGACUUGUAUGAGGAUGUAAGUAAUAGUUACCACUAGACUAGGUGGAAAAGUUAAGACACUAUUCUCAUUGGGAUUAGCACCAAGUGUCUUUACACAGACUAAAUAUCGCCCGAGACAGACUUUUGGUGAUCGAAGUGGGAGAGAAACUGAACAUUGUUUGAGCAGGGUACGAGAAAUUUGCCAUGAUGGACUAUAUGACUCGAGAAAAUGAAGUCACGGAAUUUUUGUCGUGUUUAUUUACCAGUACAGCAACUCCUCAAAAAAGAGCAUUAUAAGUCGGUGAAGUUCAUUCUUGGUAACCAGGCCGCAGAAACAUGACUCGCUCACCUGACAAACUGUUGUGCAGAAUAAUGCAAACCCGCGGAGGGUUAGUGUGUAUACGUAUUGCAGUGCUUUCAUUAGCGUCAUUCGACCGUCCGUACGCCCUCAAAAUUAAAUACCCAAUGACUAAGGGCUAUCAGUUGUUCACAUAGAUAUUUUGCUAGCCAUUUAGCACCCCUGUUGUAUCAUUGUUAUAUGGGUAUGGUUCAGAUUGGCCUGUUGUCUCUAGUUUUAUAAGUUGUUUUCUUGUUGUAUUUUGAAAUUUAAUUGUUUUCUUGUUGUAAUUUAAAUUUCCAGACUUGCUGCGUGUUUGCAAACUUAUUAGAGAGAUUUACAGCGACGUUUACCGCAAACGGCAAAGUUGAGAAAUUCCCAAAACAGAAAACGUGCAGCAAAAAAAAGUCCAAAACAAAUGUUAUGAACAAAACUAACAUGACGCUACUAAUUUUGGGGUAAAAAUAAUGAACAGUACAGCCGAGUUAAGGGAAAUCUUGGUCACGUGGUACAAAUUCACGUAGUAUGAUAAUAAACUCGUUUGCAAAAGCAAGGAGUAUACAAUAGGAAUCAUACAUCGAGUGUACCUGAAAUACUGACGUUACAAGACACACAAAGCGUAACGUGUGACGUUUUCUUAUAUAGGAUUGAAUGUCAUCGUUUGUAUUCCACGACUAGUGAGCAGUACAUAACCUGGUCAACGACUUGCUAGUACUCACAUAAUUAAACUCUCAAGGUACUGCGUAGUGACGUUAGACUGAUGACAAAUGGAAUACAACAAUUAAACGAGACUCUAUUAUCAUGGAUUUUUUUUGUAAAGACAUAAUUAAGAGGGUCGCUCACGGCUCGUGUUGACACAUCCCAAAGGUGGUUCCUUAUCCCAUGAUAAAUGUUUUACAUUCGUUUAUUAUACUACAGUCUUACUGUUGCAUUGUCACCUUUUUCCGUUUGCAGGGACAGAUCGAUAUUCUUAUGGUAACUGAAUCCUCAUCAACUGCGCAGUAUCAGAUUCACGCACUGGAAAAUGCAUUUUAUUACGAUGCGUCUUUCCUAAAAGUCUAUGGUAAGAUGACUUUUCUGUCUUUUUUUUUUUUUUUAAGUGUUACAGCAAUAUUGUAGCCACCCUUAGUGAUUGUCGUGAGAGCUUCUUUCUCUACUUUGUUUUAUUUCAGUUCUUGGAGGCAGGACUUUAACAACUUGCGCGAAUGAUAACUUGGUAAGGUGCUUCAUUUUUUACGGUGCCCUUAAGAAAUUCGCCACUUUAGAAACCGGACGGAAACUGGAGCCGAAAUAUUUCCCGCAAUGGUUUCUGGGAUUGUCACUGGGAACGUAGUCUGAAUUGAAUUAAGGGAUUUUAUGUAAGUUCAAAAAGAGGAAGGAAAAUUCGUCGUCGUAUGUCCACAUCCUCCAUAAAACGUCAAAUUAGGAGGUUUCACGUCGUAGUCGUGCAGUAGACGUCAAAGAAAUGUAGUAAGAAUCGUGAUGCACGUGCAGAGCUGUUGUUUUGAUCAUUAAACCUAUUGUUUUUUGAAGUUGUCGUCGUCGUCGUCGUAGUAGUAGUAGUAGUUCUAGUAGUAGUUGCUAUAAUCGUCGUCAUUAUUUUUGUCAGAUUUAUUACCAUUUUUAGAUCUCUUAUCAGAGUAAAUUAAGAGUAGCUUUAACUUUUAAGUUUAUUACAUAUCACACACUCGGAAAAAUACAUGUAAUGAGAAUAACUGAAGCCGGGGGCUUAAAUGGCCUAAGGUCAGCGAAAAAAAAAACGUGAAGAAUUUACAUGAAUAAAACGUGGCUUUAAUUAUAAUAAUUACGAUACUAUUAAAUCAAAAUAAAGAAAAAGAGAGUCAGAGAACUUUAUACAACUGAAAUACAAUACUUAACAACUAAUUUACAAUACUUAAACAACUAUUUAUUAUGACUGUUUUGUUAUAGCCAUACGGUGUCAAUCAAGUUGGACCGUUCAUUAAGUAUACUACCACAAGCACCAAUGGGGACAUAAAGUAUGGCAGUGGUAAGUUGAUACUCAUUUGGAAGCUUCAUUGUAGGCUUUCCAUGUAAUCCGCACUCCGAUCGCUAGGAUCGCUGAAAAAUGUUCAGCAACUUUCUCCUCACAACAUUGAAACAUAAUCAAGAAAAACGUUUAGAAAACUAAUUGAAUGAUCACCAAAGGGAAAAUGUAUUAUUAUUUCAAAUCAAAGUAAAUAUAUUACAGUCAACUCUCUCAUAGCGACCACUUUGUAAAUAACCAUUUUGUUCUUCACUCAAACACUGUUUCAAAAACUCCUUCGUAAGAGACCACUUCUCUUAUUUCUUAAGCGACUGCGACCACUUUUAAGGCCAGAAAUUUGACAUAUUAUUUGUUUUCUGUUACUGGUAAGCGACCAACCCCCUCCUGGAAGAUCCGGAAUGUCACAAUGUUCAGUUUUUAAUAUCACACUGUACUAACAAUACAGAGUGUACUUCCAAGAAAAGAUGAGUUCGCCGAUUAUCGGAGUUGCGAAGAGUUGUCCUCUGCAGUCACGAAAGUGUCUGAUAUUCUUGUUAACUUAAGGCUCAAAACACAAAAGCAAUUGAGCAUUCUAGAUUUCGUCGAGAAGCAUUCGAAUGUUACCGAGUAAUUGUAAAAUGUACAUAAUGUGCAUUCUGAACUAGAGUGCAAGUAAGUAUAUCUUUCCCAUGUUUCACUUUUUUUCCCAGGUUGUUCGGUUAAAAUUAAAUUUACUGAUUUAUGACAAGCAAGUGACAAGUUUUAAACUGCAUUGUACUUGUUGCUCGCAAAAAGAACAAAUCAGUUCCAGGCAAAGAAAACGUUGUCUUUUAACCUGAUUUUUGCUUAACAGGCAUUGUCUUUAUCUAAUUCCGUUAAUCAAUAAAGUUUGAUACUAAGAAAGACCUAAACAAGGCAAAACUGAGAUUAUUUGACGCUGUAUUAACAUAAAUAAAAAGAUGUUUUCGCUUUUCGUAGAAACAAUUAUCUUUUGCAUAAAAGUACAGUGCAACGGCAUUUUUGAGGGAAACAUUCUUUCCAGGGGGUACCCAACCGAGUAGAGAAAUUACGGGAAAUCCAGUCGUUGGUGGGUAUGGCAAGCACCAUUCCGGGGAAGUGGGGGUCUAAAUCAAAAGUGCCCUGCGUGGGGGGUGGGGGGUAUGUUUAUUUUUUGGAACUACACAAUGUUUGUUCAUAUUCCUAAGGACAUUUGAUAUGGCUAUCUUGAGGAGUUUGCCUGCAUAUUAAUCAAUUCUUUUCGUGUUUGAUAUGUUCCGUGAUUUUAUCUACAGCCGCACAGUUAUCCCAAUCAGCCUACUUUGCCCUUCAAUGUCCUUACACUGUGUUUGGAUUAGGAAGAACGCCUAACUUUGUAGACGACCUAGCGGUUGGUAUGCCUGGAUCAAUAAAAAGGGUAAGAAUUGGCAAACACCUGCACCGCGUCUUCGCUGAUCGCGUUCGUCAGAACGCAUCCUAAUCUUGUUCCUGUGGUACAAAGCCAAAAAUGUUCGAGGUAUCAUGGGCGACUGCCGAUUAGCCGCCCCUACUGAUUUUAUCAGGGACAUCUCGGCCGGGGAACUGAACUCCCUUCGACUCGAUUACGUUUCCGCAAGGGACGAACGCGGAUCUGUAGUCAAUCAUAAGCUCUGGUAGCAGUCACUAAACCGAUGCAAUAGAUAUUAAAGAAGCUGCGUUCUGUAAGUUGUCAAAAUUCAAACAGUGGAAACUGCCACCCAACUGAGUGAAACAUAAAAAUGGCCGUUCAAAACGUCAAAAGAAGGUUUAAAUAACACAGCAGGUACAAAAGGAGGAACGGAUGGUCAAACUUGAAGAAGAUUGAAACUGGUUGCAAUUGAGCUUUUUGCGUAUUAUUUUUCAUUUUUGUUGUCUGUAACGUUUGAUAUAAUGUUCUUGGAGACAUAUGCUAAUUUUGUCAUUCACAAGUUAUUUCUGAAGUCUCACAGCGAAUAAGGACGCGUCACUGGCUCCUUUAACGCAGUCAUAUUAACCGUUUGAUUACUCAUACUAAUAAUUCGUAAAUUUGGAAGAAGGAGUCAUCUAACACCAGAGAGCGCAGAAAAAAUUUCCAGAAUCGAACUCACUAGCCUCCGAGUCCCAGUUCGGAUGCUCUCCACUGAGCUACUGAAGGCUCUAUGACGAGCUUGGUCGAAAUACAAUUAUAACUACACCAGUCACAGAGGACUGUAUCGGAGACUUGCUUGAAAUCAGCCGUCCACCAGCGUACAAGACCAAGACUGUGUGGGUGUUUUAACAACGGUGAUCUGUUGAACUGCGUUUUAUUCUAUUUAUAUUUCCUUCGAAAGCUGUAUUUAUGCAUUAGAGAACAUGUAAAACAUCAUCUUUUCUCUAAAUAUUUUUUAACCUCGAUCUCUGUGUGUCUUUUUUUUUCAGCCCAAAAGAAACCAAACGUGGGAGUCGAUUAUACCGAAUUCACAGGUGAUCGUGAUUCCUUAUCCCCCAGAUGACCCGUCAAGGUGAGCUAGUUGAAAUUUUUAAUAAUGAUGGAAUUGGGCUCAGAACUGUUUCCUUAGUUUCUACAAAGUUGUGGGCGGGUGUACGGUCACUUAACUACCAAUUUUUUUCUCGGAUGCACAGAUAACCAAAUUUUAUAACCCAUGGUGCUCCGUUGCGCGCGCCUCGCGCGCGAGAGCUCUGCUAUAAAGUACUUUAUCUCAGUACAAUACACUUUCGUCAUUCGUUCAAACCUUAUCAUCGAAAAAUAGUUCAAUACGGUUCCUUUGUGUUUCAUUUCGGUUUCAGCUGGACGAUGAAACUGUUGGUGACACCAAGUAAACUUGUACUUCUGACAGGAUUAAGUCUUCUAGGAAUCUGUGUUGUUAUUGGUAUUAUCAUUUUGCUGUUGCAUCUCAAAGAAAAGGUGAGUUGAUCAUUGUUUCUUUUGUUUUAACCCUUCAACUCCCAAGAGUUGCCAAAAAUCGAAAACUUCAUGUCGUGAAACAUGGAAAAACAAAUAGCAUCUUCCAAAGUACUGCUGGCGAGAUUUCAUUUGAAUGGUCACACCACAGGAUUUCAGCCAGACUCAAAAGUUAGGACCAGCAUAUACAGCGCAGUAAAUAACACCAAGUGGAAGUACUGCAGAAAGGGUUUCACUUGAAUUGCCACACAAUUGGUUUUCGUCCACAGAUUUUAACGUCAGAUCCACACUUCAUGCGUCCAUAAAUGACCACUGGAGUAGAAGGGUUAUUUAAAGGCCAGCACUACUUAUGUGGCAACAUUAAACCAUUGUUUGAUGUGUUGUGUUGCCCACUGUUGAGCUUCCGAAAUAACGAAGAGGCACUGAUUUAACAGCAUUUGAAAAUGUUAUAGCAUCUCUGUGGGUUAAGAAGUAAAACUUCUGUUAAAACAUCAGUUGGAAAGAAGCACUGUAUGUGUUAAUAAAUACGCUUACAAAACUUGAUGGUGGAUCAAGUUUUCGAUGGUCUUUCAUUGAACAAUUAGCAUGUAUUAACUGAAUAUAUGGAUGCAGUUUAAGUCUGGUUUAUCAUAAAUUGUUCUGUAAAGAACUGGCAGUCUUUGUUGAAACAAACAAAUAAACAGAAAUAGAACAAAACAAAAGAGACAAAAAAAGUAAACCCCUUUUAUGAGUCUCCUAUUUCCAGCAACGCUUGGGGCUGCUUCCUACUGAGUAGAAUGGGUAGUGGUUCUUAUACAUCUCGUGUUUGUUUGGCCAAAUUUUAGCAGUAAUUGGAUAUUUUUAUCCGCAGUUUCGCAGUUCAUUGUCGUGAAGCUAUAAGAGCAAUAAAGAAUGAGCAUUUUGCGCAACCUUUCAGUUAUCUCAACCAAGAAAUGACUGCCUUUGUACAGUGCGAAUUUUCAAAGGGAAUGGAGAGCAAAUAGAGAUGAAUUUGGGCAAAACAUUUACCAGACACGACUCUUAAGCCAUCAUUGCCUUGUUUCUUAGUUUGAAAAAGGACAGUCGACACCUGUAAGAAGUUACUUUGAGAGGUGGUCAUAGUUUUGUCCCACUUAUAGUCAGGAUCAAAAGCUUCUUCGGAAGCUACAGGCGAAAGAUAUUCGAGCGUAUUUUCUCGAGCUGCAAGCUACAGGCUUCGCUUUUCUGUUGUUUCAAUAACUGGCCACUUAAAGCCUCUUCCAAGCGAUAUAAACUCUUCUCAUUCACAAAUUAUAUCAAUUCUUGGUCGUUUACUUAGCCUGAAAUGUGCGUUUUACGUUACGUUGCAGAGAGAAGAUCAAAAAGAAAAACAGCGAGAUGCUCACAAGUUCCAUUUCGAUGCGAUGUGA